AUGGCUCAAAAAACUCAGAAACCACCACAGAAACCAGCUCCCACUGUUGUUUCUGUAGCUCCAGCUGUCAAAGAUCCAUUGGUUAAGAAACCAGAAACUAAACUAAAACAGGAGACAACUUUUCAAGCAUUUAAGAGAACAGAAGUCAAGACAUCCAUGGUUAUUUCCGGAAAUUCUUCUAGUACCAGUGUUUCCUCUUUAGUAACUAGUGGUCUAACUGGAUGGGCAGCUUUUGCAGCCAAAACUUCCUCUGCUGGUCCCUCAACAGCAAAAUUAAAUUCAAUAACCCAAAACGAUAGUGGGAAACCUGCUACCUCAUCAGGUAACUGGAAGUCUGUGGGUUUGCCUGGUCUGGGAACAUCAUCCAAAGGUGGAAUAGGUUCCAGAACAGGUUCCAAAAUAAGUUCCAGUAAUAGCACUGUACCCACUGUGCCACUGAAACCACUUCCCCCUCUAACUUUGGGCCGAACUGGCCUUAGUCACUCAGUUAGUUGUGACAAUGUUAGCAAAGUAGGUCUUCCUAGUCUGAGUAGUGUAGUUCCAGAAAGCUUCAGCCAACUAAGUGGGAAUGGAAAUAGUGGGGCACCGGGGCCCAGUGGAAGUGCCACUAGCAAAAGCACUUCAGAAUCAAGCAGCUCACCCUCAACGUCCCUUAAAGGUCCAACCUCACAAGAGUCACUGGUCAAUGCCAUGAAGUGAUUGCAGAUGGUCAACAAGAAAGCUACCCAAAAGAAACUCAAGUAG